AUGCCGGCCUCGAAUGCCUCCCACUUCUAUUCUCCCUCCUGCACCUUGCUUGGCGUGCCAGGACUGGAAGCUCUGCACCCCUGGCUCUCCAUCCCUGUGUGUGUUGGGUAUGCGAUCGCUCCUCUGGGGAACUUCACUGUCCUCUCCGUUGGGAAGACCGAGGCCAGCCUCCACCAGCCCAUGUUCUACUUCCUCUGCCUGCUCUCCUUCAUCGACCUGGGCCUCUCCACCUCCACCCUGCCCAAGAUGCUGGCCAUCUUCUGGUUUGGCCUGGGGGAGAUCACGUUUGACGCCUGCCUGGUCCAGAUGUUCUUCAUCCACACCUUCACGGGGAUGGAAUCUGUGGUGCUCCUGGCCAUGGCCUUUGACCGAUUCGUGGCCGUCUGGAGGUACACCGUCAUCCUGACCAAGGAGCGGGUGGCCUGGAUGUGUGCUGGGGUGGUGUCGCGACCAACCCUUCUGGUGAUUCCCAUCACGCUGAUGACUCUGCGUCUGCCCUUCUGCAAGCCCCACCUCAUCAUCGCCCACAUGGGCAUUGCCAAGCUGGCCUGCACAGACAUCCGGGUGAACAGCAUUUAUGGCUUGUUCACCAUCGCCUUCCUUAUGCUGGACUUAGUUCUGAUCUUUGGGUCCUAUGUGCUGAUCCUGAGGGCUGUUUUCCACCUGCCUUCCAGGGAGGCCCGACGCAAAUCCUUGGGCACCUGCAGCUCCCACAUCGCCGUGAUUUUUGUCUUCUACACACCAGCCUUCUUCUCCUUCCUCACCCACUGCUUUGGACACAACAUCCCCCUCUUUGGCCACAUCCUCAUCGCCAACCUCUAUGUCAUUCUACCCCCCAUGCUCAACCCGGUCAUCUACGGCAUGAGGACAAGGGAGAUCCGGAAAAGAAUCCUGCGCUUGUUCAGCUCGGGAAGGGGACUCUGGACCCACACUCCCUGA